AUGGGCUUGGUUCGGGAAGGUGACAACGGGUGGGAGGUUGUUCCCCCAGGACCGCUUCGCGCCCCCCCUCGGUCAUCUUUUGCCCGCUCCUCCGCUGAUGGCGGUGACCCCGGCCUGUCUACCUCCGAUCCUACCCCAGGGGCUGACGAUUGGCUCCAACUUCGGAUGACGGUUGAGCUACUGGAGACUCGAGUGACCCACAUUGACGUCAACUUGCAUAACAUGGUGCAGAAUUUGGCAGCAUUUAUGCACCAUGCAGGCCUUGCUCCUCAACUUGAGGGCAAGCAUGGUUCAGGUGUGGGCGGAAUUGAUGAGGUGUUAAUUGCACGAUACCUAUCAAUAUUCCUUCAAAUGUUCUUGGUUCUACUACGUAGGGAAAGUCUUCAAGAGUACUCUAUAGAGCUCAAAAGUCUUGCCUUGAAGAUUCUCAACCUAAUAGCAAAAGCAUUAGGAAUGAAGCAUGAAGAAAUUGAAGUGCUUUUAGAAGAAGGGUUGCAAUCCAUGAGGCUCACUUACUAUCCUCUAUGUCCUCAACUUGAACUGGUCACAGGCCUCUGCCAUCACUCUGAUCCAGUUAGCCUCGCCAUUUUACUUCAAAUCAACGAUGUACAAGGUCUCCAAAUCACGGAAAAUGAAGCUUGGGUUCCCGUUAUUCCACUGCCUAAUGCUUUUAUAGUCAACGUUGGUGAUAUCCUAGAGAUUUCUGGUGGUGUGAGGUGCAUAUUUUUAAGGUUUAAGGUGGUAAAGUAUGAGUACCUCCAAAUCCAAGGCUCAGGAGAACAAAAUGGUGAAUAA